ACCGCGUGCGCUGGCUGCCAUCUUGAAGCGUUCAGUCAAUGUUUGGUAGUUGUCUAGUGAUCCUUUGCAUUUCACAUCAACAGUCGACCGAUGCCUACCAAACUAUUUGUAGGGAACAUCUCGGAAUCAUGCAGUGAGGACGAUCUGAAGGAAGCCUUCGAAAAAUACGGUACUAUUGUGGAGCAUGCGAUAGUUAGAAAUUAUGCAUUUGUGCAUUUCGAGAAAAAAGAGGACGCCGAAAAUGCGAUAAAAGAGCUUCAUGAAACUGAACUGAAAGGCAACGUUAUUAGAGUAUUACUGUCGACCACUCCACAUAAGAAAGGUAGAGGAGGCGGUGAAGGAAGAAGUCCAUACCCGAGAGACAGAGCACCAGGGAAUUCUCGAGGUCCUCCGCGAGGUGGAGGCGGCGGUGGUUAUUAUCCUCCCGAAAGAAGUCGCUAUCAUCCUUACUACGAUCGCGAAUACUACAGACCAGCACCUUAUCCUUCGUCAUACAACCGGAGUUCGUAUGGAUAUUACAGUACAUACGACAGUGACUACAGGGACUAUCAGCGGUCUUAUCCGCCUUCAUCUCCCUAUUAUUAUGGAGACACUAGAUAUGGCGGACCUGUCACUUACCCGGACACAUCGAAGAGGCAAUCCUGGGAUCGUUAGCAACCUAGCGUGUUUACAGUGCCCUUUUUGAAAAAAAAAAUAGCUGAGGGAGGCCAGACUUGUCCUUGAGCAUAAAUAGUGCUAUUUUUUGGAUUAUAAAGUGUUUUUACUUUUGUUUACAUACAAGAGUGCAUGCUGCAUACCAUAGGAAUCAUUCCAAUAGGAUAAGUGGAACAUCAUGACUUUUAAUGAAUUAUAUCAACAGAUAUGAUAAACAUGGAUCCUGGAGACUCUGAAAGUCAUACCUCUUUUGUGCAGUUAUAUUUUCUGUGGUUACUUAUUUGAAUGCCCGCUAACUAUUUUCUAUGAUUUCAUUUAGUUUUGGAAGUGAAAACCAACCAUUUUAGAAUUGAUAAUUCUACCUAUUUGCCAUCACCAGAUUCAUAGAGUUCUGUAGAAUUGUUUUUAGUUAACACUGAAAAUUAUCUGACUAAAUAAUGAAAGAAUAAAAACUGCAGGAUUGGGAAAGUCCUUGAUCCCAAAGAA